UGGUCUGCGGUGCGACGGCCGCUGGCUGGGGGUCGGUCGGGGCCGGGGCGGCCAUGCUGCAGCUGCGGGACUCGGUGGACUCGGCGGGCUCGAGCCCCACGGCGCUGCUGGCGGCCGGCGAGGCGGUGACGGUGUGCGGCGCGACCGUCGGCCGGGCGGGGGCGGGUACGCCGCUACGCCAGACUCUGUGGCCGCUCAGCGUCCACGACCCCACGCGCCGCGCCCGCGUCAAGGAGUACUUCGUGUUCCGGCCCGGCACCAUCGAACAGGCGGUGGAGGAGAUCCGCGCCGUGGUGCGGCCCGUGGAGGACGGCGAGAUCCAGGGGGUGUGGCUGCUGACCGAGGUGGACCACUGGAACAACGAGAAGGAGCGGCUGGUACUGGUGACCGACCAGUCGCUGCUUGUCUGUAAAUACGACUUCAUCAGCCUCCAGUGCCAGCAAGUGGUCAGGGUGGCGCUCAGCGCUGUGGACACGAUCUCCUACGGAGAGUUCCAGUUUCCCCCGAAGUCCCUCAACAAGCGAGAAGGCUGUGGGAUCCGUAUUCAGUGGGACAAGCAGAGUCGUCCUUCCUUCGUAAACAGGUGGAAUCCCUGGUCCACAAACCUGCCCUAUGCCACUUUCAUCGAGCACCCAAUGGCCGGUGUGGACGAGAAGACAGCAACCCUGUGCCACUUAGAAAGCUUCAAGGCUCUGUUGAUCCAAGCUGUCAAAAAAGCACAGAAGGAAAGCCCUGUGCCAGGGCAGGUGAACGGCGUGCUGGUCUUGGAGCGGCCCCUCCUCAUCGAGACCUACGUGGGACUGAUGUCCUUCAUCAACAACGAGGCCAAGCUGGGCUACUCCAUGACCCGGGGCAAAAUAGGUUUCUAGACGGCUGUGCGUGGGAGCAGCAGCUGUGGGGGAGCGCAGGCUGGGCACUGGGCGCAGUCCAUGCAGCCCAGCAGAUCCCGUAGGACAGGAGCAACAGACAAAGGCAGGAAGACAUAGCUUAGCUGUCUGUGCUGCCGCCUCCUGUCCCCGCCUCUGUUUGCCUCCUGUACUCCUGUGUGGUGUUUCCUGGUCCCGCCCACCCCUCCAGCAUGCUGAGCCCGGACCGCACCCACCUCUGCUGUGUGGAUGGCUGGGUCAGGGCAGGGACCUGGUGUUUCCACAUAACACUUGUGCAUAUGUUUACACUCGGUGUCAAAUUUUAUAUUUUGAAACUUAAUCCUUUUUUUUUUUUAGCUAAACACAAGAGCAGCCAGCCAGCAGCCUGGUCUCUGAGCGAGAUGAAGUCUGUGGCUCAUCAACCCCUCGUGAACAACUCUUUUGUAAAAAUGUUUGAUCUAAGUCACACUUUCUAGGGCUGAUCCAAGUCAUCAGUACUUGGGCAUCUUUCCCAGGCCCACGAGGGUUUGCAGAAGCAUUUACAAUUUAUCAGUUCAGGAAGCCACCCCGAUAGUUCUUUGCACACGAUUUUGACAGCUGUCUGGACCCCAAGUUCAUAUUGUUCUAUUUCUGUUUAAAAGGGGACUGAGUAGCUUGCUUUUCAAAGAACGUGCUUUACAGAAAGCCACACAAGACCCCGACUGGCCGAUUCCCAUAGACCCAACGUAUUGCUAGCUGCUCGAGCUCCCGCGCCUCCUGUUGCCACGUGUGGCUUGCGUGUGUGACCAUAGCACUUGUAGACUAAAUGCUGGCUCCUCGGUGUCUCCUCAUUUUCAGCUGCUGUAGCUUUAAGCUGCCUGGCAUGGACGUGACCAGGACGCCAUGGCCUGUCCCAGUUGGAAGGCCGCCCCUGCAGUGCCCCGGCCUUCAGGCUGUGCUCUAUCUUGUAGUAAAGACGUUUAGAAGCAAAAA